AUGACGGAACGACGCUUGCCAGUGAAGCAGCUGGUCAUCCUUUCAAUAUGCCGCUUCGCCGAGCCCAUCGCCCUCACGAGCGUCUUCCCCUACAUCCCCGAAAUGAUGGAGUCGUUUGGCGUACCUGAGAAUGACAUCGCGCGGUGGGCCGGCCUCACCUCCGCCGUCUUCUCGCUCUCCCAGGCCGUCACGGGCAUACCAUGGGGCGCCGCUUCGGACCGCUUUGGGAGGAAACCGGUCAUACUCAUUGGGCUGUUCAAUACCAUGGUGACGAUGCUCAUCUGGGGGUUUUCGACAAGCUUGCCCAUGGCCAUAACAGCUCGUGCUCUGCAAGGGCUGGGCAAUGGGAACGUGGGCAUAUUGAGGACAACAGUGGCUGAGUUGUGCCCCUGGAAGGAGCUACAGCCCCGCGCGUUCAGUAUUAUGCCUCUAGUCUAUACCAUUGGGGCCAUCUUUGGCCCCACCAUAGGUGGCGCAUUGUCCAAUCCCUUGCGGGUUGACCCUCGCAAGCCCCGCGGCGACACAUUCCUUGAGAGAUUCCCCUACAGUCCGCCGAAUAUGGUCGCGGCGACCUUGUUCUGUAUUGGUAUUAUCACCGGGUGGCUCUUUCUAAAGGAAACACUCGAAACUAAGAGGCAUGAGCGCGACACGGGGCUAAUAAUCGGAGCUAAGAUAAUGGCAUGGGUGCGUAAAACCUUCAACAAGCCCAGACCGCAGAAGAAAAUCCGCCAUGAGCGGGAGCCCCUUCUAGCCAAGCAGAAAGCGAACAACGACGAAGAGGCUGCCCCAGAAAUUAUCACAAUUGCACCGGCAAUCGAGGAGCGGCCAAGAGUCAGAGACGUUCUUUCUUUCCAGACAAGCAUGAAUUUACUCGUGUAUUUCCUGCUCGCGUUGUACACCUUGGCCUAUGAUCAGCUUCUUCCGGUGUUUAUGCAUCAUCCUCCACAGUCGUUGGACGAUCCCAAUGUAUCUCUUCCGUUCAAAUUCGCCGGUGGCUUCGGCAUAGACUCCAGGCGCAUUGGGGCAAUUUUUACCGUCUUCGCCGUGUCUUCGACGCUUUGCCAGUUUCUUCUCUUUCCGCCGCUCGCACAACGCCUCGGUGUUCUUCGCUGCCUACGCAUCUCAUUCUUCUUUUUCCCGUUCGUAUUCUUCAUUACGCCGUUCAUCUCCCUACUUCCUAGUAGAACGGCUAAAGAAAUCGCCAUGGUCGCCUUACUAAUCGUCAGAGGAUUUGGCGGCACCUUUGCGUUCCCUACCUCCACCAUCAUGCUCACGAACAGUGCGACGAGUCUCCGCGUCCUCGGAACCAUCAAUGGCCUUGCCACGAGCGUUUCAGCCAUAGGACGGGCCAGCGGGCCUGCCAUUGGCGGCGGUCUCUUCACCUGGGGAGUCAAGCGCGGCUACGUCAUUCUGCCGUUCUGGAUAAUCUCAGCGAUCGCAUUCAUAGCUUGGAUACCGACCUGGUGGCUAGUCGAAGGGAAAGGUUUCGGAGACGAUCCCGAUUCCGACCUGGAAAGCGUUGUUUCUGCUACAGCUUCGUCUGCCGAAUCAGAAGAUGCCAAGUCGGAUGAAGACGACGAGGAAGGACAGUCCGAAUCGGAGUAUGGGGAACCGACGAAUCUCCUUUCGUAUACAAGUACCCGGUCCAGCGAAGCGGUGGCUUCCGACGAGGAAUUGGGUCUUAGUGAUGAGGAUGAGGUUAUACGGAGGCGCCAUGGACGAAGGGGCACUUUUAGCGGCAUGGCGCAUAUGAGGAGUCAUUCACAUGGACGGUGGUCCAGAACAGUGCGCAGAAGGUCUUCCGUGCCGGUUGGCAUGGGCAUUGGAUUCCGACGGCUCAGCUCGAAUCUCGGGAGUACUGGCAUUGGGGCUGGCGGCGCGAGCUGGGGCGGCACGUGA